CAAUUUUUACAAAAUCAUAUUUUAUUGAAUGCACUACUGGACGUUUGACAGGAAUAAAAUGAGUGAAAAUGGUCUGUUUUCGAAGACUUUGAACCAGUUGGCAAGAUCACUGGCUGAAAUUAAUCCUUCACCAUGGGAUAAGGUUGCUCGCAUUUACAACCUAUGUCCAGUCCUGGGAAACACUUUGACUGGGCUAGUCAUUGACAAGAGGGGUCAAGAUGCAGUUAUAGCCCUUGGUGUCUACUUUCUGGAAUCUGGUCUACAGUACAAGGAUGUCAUUAUUGCAUAUCUCUUGGACAUUCUAAAAAAACUGCCAAUUGCUAAGUGGAGCAGUGAAGCUCCAAGUGCCAAAGCUUACAAGUUACCAAGACCAGAGUGCUUUAGUUUCUUCCUCAACACCAUACUAAGUGAUGUUGCCUUUCGCAACCCACACAGCAGUGACCUUAUCAUCAACACCCAGUUGGAUGUCCUUGCUGAACUUUGCCAGAUGUGUGAAGGGAAAGAAGAAAUAACUAAAGAUUCUAUAUGCAAGAAUGCAGUGCCUAUUCUGUUAGGCCUUGCCCGGGCAAUGGGUCGGUCAAGUGAUGACAAAGAGUCCCUUAUUUCUCAGCUGUUUGCCCCGCAAAAAUACACACCCUGCACACAGAAGGAUGAAAAGCCCACUGGAAGUGCUAAAACAUUCCCCUCGUUUCGGCCAAUCCUGCCACGGACGUUUUCCAGUCACCUGAUGACACCUGAUACCCCUUCCACACCAUCUGCACUGUCGUCAUUGGAGUAUUUUGAAAUUUUAAGGGAGCGAACUCCGUCCCCUCUCCCCCAGCCUUUAAAGAAGACCUCAACACAAGCAAGGGAGGCAAAUCCAGAUUUGAAGCUUAUAUAUUGUAAUAUGUUGGGUUCCAGCUUUACAAAAAGCAAGCCAUGGGGGUUUGAACUUAUACCAGAGCAGCAGCAUUUGAAGUUUACUAAUGAACAAAUGAAGAGAUUGUUUAAAACUGCUCAGCGGUUGCUGGAUAAAGAACUACAGAGAAGACUAGACGAUUUCCUGGAGGACGUUCAUGCAGAAUGCCAGUCUGGUGUGAUGUCAAAGUUUGUCUACCACACGUACAGUGAAGUUUUAACCCAAGUGCUUGUCACACUGCUAAGAGAUAUACUGGAACAAGAAAAAGAGCUACCUGCAGGGUUCAUGAAGGAGAUUGAGGUGUAUGUGAAGGUGCUGUGGUCGGCCAGUCAUCAGAACCUGGAGACAAUGUACCAGCACCUUAAGGACAAGCGCCACGUCAACAUUGGCACGUAUGAACUUGUAGUCUACAGCAGUGCUGCAUGCAUUGACCUCAUAUUCUGGGCGGUCAGGGAGGAGUCAGAUGCUGAGAACCUGUGCCACAAGCUGACAGAGAAGAUAUCAUCCAACACAGAGAAGAAACUGCUUCUGUCUCAUGCUCCAAUCCUGCUUGUCUGUCUCGAGUCUCUGGGCAAGCUGGCUGUAAAGUUCCCGCAGCUUGCGUCUUCCAUGGUCUCCUCCCUGAGAGAUUUCCUUGUCACGCCAUCCCCGAUCCUGAGCAAGCUAAACAAGUACGCCAACCCAGCCACACGCAACAACAUCACGAUCACGGUGUCAGACGAGACCCGCGCCAGUCAAAGGAGGCCUGAACCCUCAGACAGGCUCACAAAAGUCCUACAGAACGUGCUGGACUGUGCCAUCAUGAAUAUCUGCAGGGCGUUGAAGGCGGGUCAGACAGUGGACCCGUCCUGUGUUCAGGCCUUCCUAGCCUCAGUGUCCAACAGGCUGUACAGGGCAGAAAUGAGUGACAGGAGCACAGAUACAAAGAAUGCAGAGGAACGCUGGAGCCAGAUACGUGUCGUCAUGAAGUUUUUACGACCAAAUACUCAAAAUAUGAAGCGAGCGGAUGUGGAAAGAGAGUCUGCCUUAAUCUCGAACAACACUAUCCUGACUCUGGGACAUGUGGCGGUGUCGCUACGGGAUACGCCCAAGACGGUGGAGUCGGUCCUCCAGAUCUUCCUGCAGAGGUUCUGCUCUCCACCCUCGUCACUUGACGUUCUCAUAGUGGACCAGCUCGGAUGUAUGAUUAUGAUGGGAUGUUCAUCAUCAAUAUACCAAGAAGUGAUGGCCAUGUUUCGAGAAAUCACCAACAUCAGCAAUGCUCCAUAUAACAACAUGGAAAAGGAUGAAAAGAUUAAGGGCUACAGACAAGUGUCAUCUGCUGUAAUCAAUGCAUUUGCCAACAUUGCGGCCAACAUGAAUGGGGAGGAGAACCAACAGGACUUUCUCAUACGCAUAUUAGAGCUGUUUGUCAACCUCGGUCUUGAGGCAAAGCGAGUCAGCGAUAAACACUCUGGACAUAUGAAGGCCUCAAGCAUUGCAGGCAACCUUGGUGUGCUGAUUCCUGUGAUAGCCAUGUUGAUGAGGCGGAUGCAAUGUAUCACGGAUGCCAAACAACGGCUGCUGAAGCUGUUCCGUGACUUCUGGCAGUACUGCGUCGUGUUUGCAUUUGCAGAGGACACGGGGCCGUGGCCACACGAAUGGUUUGAGGGAGUCUGUGAAAUAGCCAAGAAGUCCCCACUCCUGAUAUCUGAGGCCCAUCUGAGAUCAGAACUUUUGUUCAAUGUUGCACUGAAAAAUGACACUGUUUCACCUACAGAACUAUAUGAUUUACGAAAUAACAUCUGUGGCAUGUUGGGAAACAUCCCCGAGGUGGACCAAUACGUUAAAAAUCUGACGUUUGUACAGUGCACCUACCUGUUGUCAAUCUACAAACUUGAGAUGCUCAGGGUUACCCACUCCACAGACUGUAAGGCAUUUCAUGGCUUGUUUAGAUACCUUGAAGACAACAUCAUAUUCAAAGAUAAAUCUGGGAUGUGGCAGUGUAUAGCCGCGGUUGCUGACAAGGCCUUUGAAAAGUUCCUGGACAUUACAGAGGAAAGGGGCCGCUCAGAUGAGAGGGAGCAAGAGUUGGAGACUCACGCCCAGUUCCUGCUUGUCAAGUUUAACCACCUUCACCGUCGCAUCAGACGCGUUGCUGACAAGUACCUCAUCAUGCUCAUAGAAAAGUUUCCUCAUUUGUUGUGGAGUGGGAAUGUGUUGAAGACAAUGCUGGACAUCUUACAGCUGUUAUCCAAAUCACUUGAAGUGGAUCCACACCAGCAUGCUCCAGAGUUCCAGGUUCCCAGGUCAGACUACAUCCUCCGUGUCAAAGACAACAUGAUGGAAAGAGAAGCUACUGUGAAGGACUUUGCGGCUCGUAGCUCCCAGAUCCUGCAGGAGUCGAUGAAAUGGGCUCCCCAGGCCACGCGCUCACACCUGAUGGAGUACCUGCUGGAGAUAGAGAACACUUCCCAGGCCUUGUUUCAGCACUCGGGCCUCGCCCUGGCAACGGAGAGUGUCCUCAACUACGCUGGAUAUAACAAGAAUGCAGCCGCACUUGGGGAGAACGAUGACCCUUUGCUCAGAAGCUCCACCCUGGAGAGGAGGCCCAAAUGUGUGACAUCUGACAGCUCGAGCUUCAUGGCCAACUUGAGUCUGAGGAGCAGAUUUAUGGGAGAGAUCAGUGGAAUGAGAAGCAUAUGUGGAGACCAGGAGCUGGUGAAGAUUCUCUGUGAGAGACUGGAGCUGGCCUGCAAAGAGACAGUUAAGAAACAGAGGUUUUUAAGGCUGAACAUUGGAGAUGUGGAGGAAUGCAAGCAGGCCAUGUUCAGAGUGACCUCCCUUCUUGUCAGCAUGAACGGACUGAACCGGGUUCUGCUGCAUGCCCUGUGCUGGACCCCCGUGAAACAUUUCACAGAGAUGACCAUGAAAGCUGCAGUAGCAUGCUGGGAAUGGCUGCUGGCUGCCCGACCACAGUGGAGUACCGAGUUUCUGUGUGAGAUGGCAGCUGCGUGGCAAUUGACGAUUGACAUGCGACUUGGCAUAUUCAGAGAGGACCCACCCCGUCCUGACCCUCUUGCAAAAACGGAGGGACAGGUUCUGAGCCCUGAUGGCCCUUUUGUGGCCCCUCACAGCAUCUGGGUAAAGUUCCUUCAAGAGAGACUGGAGAUUGCCAAGUACAGCAGCAUUAACCAGGUGAACAUCUUUGUGACGCUCAUCAACAAGUCCCUGAUGCUGACCGUGGGCCGCAACCCCUCCCACAUCUCCAGACACCCCGCGGCACUGGGGCCACGUCUCAGAUUGCUUUCGAUGGGUAUGUCCCUGCUGCAGGGUGACACACUUCCCAACAACACCUGCAAAGGCGUGCUUAGAGAACGGGUUUAUAACACGGCCCUAGACUUCUAUGCAGGCCCUGUGAUAGUUCCCACUCAACGGGGCUUAGAACUAAGAGAAGAUGUGCGAACACUUGUCCAGUUCUGGAACCUGGUCCAUAGCGACAAGAAAUAUCUCAAUGUGAAUAUCUUCCCCACCGCCAAUGAACCUGAGCCAGUGGAAGACUACUCUAGUGUCAACCAGAUGACCAUCUCCAGUGCAGACUUUGCACAGUCGAAGAAGUGGCUCAUGAACAUCAACAGUGGGGUCAACACUUUGUCCAAAAAAUCUGCUGUUCGUUCGACAAAUGAAUUGUAUGGAGUUAGAUCAUCCGUAAAACACAGUAGCAGAAAGGCACAGGACCCAAACAAUGCUUACAUGAAGGACUACCUGCGUAAACGUAAUCUAUUGCUGAGCAUGCUGACGAGUUCAGUGGAGUUGUUUACCACAUGGCUGAAUCCAAUGGAGCUGCCUGAGCUUCGCGUGCCUGAGGAGUCGAAACCCAUGACCUGGGCAUCCACGUCUGUGUCCCAGAAAAUAUGGCGGGAGCACGCACGCCUGGCUUGGGAUAUCUCCCCACUUCUUGCUGUAUUCAUGCCCUAUCGGUUCCCGAACUCCGAUGCUCUGAGGACUGAGAUCAUUCGUCAGGUGCGUACCAACCCAGUGGCAGUGCGGCACAUCCCAGAGGCCAUCCAGUACCUCGUGACCCCCAGUAGCGUCGAAGCGGAUGCUCCUGAGUUGAGUCACAGCCUGACUUGGUGCCACAUCUCUCCGCUGAUGUGCUUGUCGUAUUUCUCACGCCAGUACCCUCCCCACCCCCUCACGGCCCAGUGUGCAGUGACCCAGUUACGUGACACGCCCACAGAGGUCCUACUCUUCUACAUCCCUCAGCUCGUUCAGGCCGUCAGAUAUGACUCGAUGGGGUAUGUGACUGACUUCAUUCGCUGGAUGGCAUCCAAGAGCCCCCUGCUGGCCCACCAGCUUCUCUGGAAUAUGAAAACUAACAAAUACAGAGAUGAGGAGGGCAAGGAACUGGACGAGGAAAUAGGUGAACAAUUGGAGACACUGAUGUCAGAAAUCUUGAAGAACCUGUCUGGGGCAUCUCUCAACUUCUACAAGAGGGAGUUUGACUUCUUUGGGCAGAUCACUGACAUUUCUAGGAUCAUCAAGCCAUAUCCAAAGGGACCUGAACGUAAGAAUGCUUGUUUAGAAGCGCUCAGCAAGAUUGAGCUACAGAAAGGCUGUUACUUGCCGUCAAACCCAGAAGCCAUUGUUGUUGGCAUUGAUUACAUGUCUGGGACUCCUAUGCAGAGUGCUGCGAAGGCCCCGUUCCUGGCACGGUUCCAGGUGCGUCCCUGUGGUAUCUAUCAGCUGGAGGCCCUAGGUAUGAGUGACAAUGCACAGGUUGAGGAUGACAACAACUCCAACAUAGCCCCCUCUCUAAUUUGGCAGGCUUGUAUCUUUAAGGUAGGUGAUGAUGUGCGCCAGGACAUGCUGGCCCUGCAGGUGAUCAGUCUGUUCAGGAACAUCUUCCAACAGGCGGGCCUGGAGCUUUACUUGGCCCCAUACAGGGUUGUGGCAACUGCACCAGGGUGUGGGGUGAUAGAGUGUGUACCCAAUAGCAAGUCCCGUGACCAGAUUGGCAAAGCCACAGACAUCAGCCUGGAUCAAUACUUUACACAGAAGUAUGGUGACCAUGACACACAGUCUUACCAAGAGGCUCGUCGCAACUUCAUCUUGAGCAUGGCUGGGUACAGCCUGGUGAGCUUCCUGUUGCAGUUUAAGGACAGGCACAACGGCAAUAUCAUGAUCGACGAUAAAGGACACAUCAUCCACAUUGACUUUGGGUUCAUGUUUGAGAGCUCGCCGGGAGGCAACCUGGGCUGGGAGCCGGACAUGAAGUUAACGGAGGAGAUGAUCUACAUCAUGGGAGGCAAGUGGGAGGCAGAGCCCUUCCAAUGGUUUAUGGAGCUCUGUGUACAGGGAUUCCUGGCAAUCAGGCCCCACCAAAACGCCAUUAUCUCCCUUGUGUCUUUGAUGCUGGACACUGGGCUGCCAUGUUUCCGGGGGCAGACAAUCAAGCAACUGAAGGCCAGGUUUGCACCCUACUCUAAUGAGCGUGAUGCCGCAAAGUACAUGAUUGAGGUCAUACGCAAGUGCUUUAUGAGCUUCUGGGCGAAGUCAUACGACGCCAUACAGGCUGCACAGCAGGGCAUAUACCAUUAAAUGGAAUUGUGUAACUUUGAAGCCUAGGUAGCUUAGGUAGACUGUUAUUGCCUUAUAUAUCAUAAGAAAUGGAAACUGUGUUGCACUUGUAGAUUUUUAGUGCAGUUAAGGUAUGAUGUAAAGAACAAAAAAUCUUCAAAUCUUGUAAUGUAAUUUUUAUCUAAAAACGUAUUUUAUGACUUUCUAAAAGGCUUUAAUUAAAUUUAAUCGUGUUGUUUUUAACAAAACAUUUUUCCUGAUUUAUAAUUUUGUUGUUACUGUGGUAUACAUAUUCAUACUCAUAUACGCAUAUUUCUAUGGAAAUAUGGAAAUAUUAAUUAUGUAUUUGUAUGUUUGUGAUUUUUGAAAGGACAUUAAAUGUAGAUAAUUAACACCGUUUAUUAUAUUUAUGAUUCUUUUCAGCUUUUUGUGCUGAUACUGUGUCCAAUGCAGUUUUAUAUGGGUUUUUAAAUACUAUAACAUACAAUAGAAUGGUAAUAAAAUCAUGUAAUUGAAUGAGAUUGUGUGGAGUUUGUUCUAACAGUACACAGUGCAUACUUCUACCGUAAUUACUCUUAAGUUUUUGGACACUUAAAAAUAAUAUUAAAAAAUUCGUGAUUUAGAUACGAAAAAUAUUCAAAAAGUACAAGUGUCAGAAAAUGUAUGUUAUGUUUGUUUGUCAGUUAUUAUAUUAAAAUGAAACCAAUUAAUAAAUGUGCAAUAAUUGUAUUGUGUUGUACUCUCCUUUCUCUGCUUUAAAUGAAAUUCAACUUCACUUUCUUACCUGAAAAUCAAAUGAUUUAUAAAAAAAACAAACACUGCUUGCUCUAUACUAUAUCAUUCCAAAUGCUGUUGGGUGAAACCAUUGUUUAAUACCGGUAUACAUGGUAAUCUACCCAAUAACGCAAUUGUAAUGGUCAAUUGUCCCCAGGGCAUUCUAUGCCAGGUUUUAUGACCUUAAUCCGGUUGUAAAACUCCAUGAUUGAAGGGUCCCAGAUAAGCGAAAACAGGGCAUAAAUCUAGUAAAAUAGUGGUGUAAAAUAUACUGUCCGAAAAAUUGGAGUCCUUAAUUAUGGACGAAACCCGUAUGUCCGAAAAUAAAGUCACGAAAAAUAAUUAUUUUGGCUAAAAAAGGGGGUGUACGAAAUCUUAGAGUGUCCAAAAAGUUAGAGUAAUUACUGUAGAUUGAGUCACCUAUUGUUCAAAACAAUGUGUAAAAGAAUACAAUAAACCGGUAAUCAUUACUGCCUCUGAAUUGUGUUGAAUCGAGUUGCUUUGAUAAAUGUGUAUAUGUCAAACUGUUUUAUUUAGCAUAAAGAAUUAGUUAUGAUAUAAAGUUUUUUAUACCAAAGGUAUGUUCAAUUGGAAUAUAUGAUGGUUCUUGAAGUUUAGUCUUAUGGAUUGAUCAAUAUGGGCAUUAUCAGAACAUGUCAAGCAACUUUAGAAGCUGUAAAUUUGACUGUUGAUAGAACUGUAUGGAAGUAGUGGUUUAUUGUUGUACUUUUUCAGUCAGCAUUUUACAUUUUUAUAUUUUUCAUUAAUUCUUAUUAUUUUAUUCACGUUUAGUUGCAUUCUUAACAUGCCUGUCUCUAACUUAUUUAUAAGUCUAGUGGUCUACAAAUUAUUAAGAAAAUACCGGUAUAUUCUUUUUUCUACACUUAGUCAUUUAGCAUCACUUUGUUUUGGUUGUUAAUAAAUUGCUUGUUAUGGUACUAAAUAAAUUUAUAAAAUCUA